AUGACCCCUGAGAAUUUUGCACGGCAUCCCAUUGACUCCUCUUCCUAUCCAUCUGGCGUUGCGUCACGUUUGCGGUCCCGGGAUUACAGCCCCGUGCCGAACCUAUACGGUCACUGGAGUCCCAAAAGUUGCGCUUUGGAGAUUCAGAAAUACUUAGUUGAUUGUGCAACUGGAAUCUUCAGAGAAAACCUGUAUCCCGAGGCACUGAGUCUACUGGGCUUGCGAGGACUUCAGAACUUGAAAUAUCCGAAUUCUCUUUUUCUCCACAACACAUUUACCGGUAAACACUCAGCUCUUCCUGGCUGGUGGUCUGCCAAAGCAGUCGUUGAACCGCAGAGAAUCGACGGCAAACGUGUCCAUCCACACCUUACUUUAGGGUUAGUCCAAGACUUCAACGGACACGAAAACACCAUGAUCUACGGUGAGCUGGCCCCGAUAAUUGAUGUGAUGUAUGCUCGGUCCCAGCAGCAAAUCAUCUCCGAGGAGGACGAGGAGUCCCUGUUCGAACCGGAAGUUUUACCGCCAUCAGGACCAAGGGCAUUCGAGAGCGAUCAAAGAUUCCCGAUACUACUCCUUUCUUUUCUAAGGCCUCAGCAUGGGCGUGUCUUUUAUGCAUGUAUGGAUGACGAUGAGCUUGUCAUUAGACAAUCACGGCUCUACAGUUUCGAAAGGCUAGCAACUGCCCCGUUCGAUCUCUUCACUCGCCUUUUCCUAAGUCAACCUCUCUCGACUGCUUGA